AUGCCCACUACCUUACCCUUCGACAUCACUCCUAAUUUGCUGAAUCCAUUCACUCCGGUCCGGCUUUGUUUGGCUGCCUGCGUGUAUCUCUGUUUGGCACUCUCGGUUCGCUUUGCAGCUCUCUGGGACCACACCCAAAAUGUUCAAGAUGUCCACCACAAGGAGGGAGGUGACAUCAUGCCAGGUGGAGCAAUGCCCAGCCAGCUGUGCCGGUUGCUUGUCGUCCUCGACCGUUUAAGUGGGGUGAACCUUGCGCUCCUAGGUAACCCAUGGGCUGAACCACCAGAGUCGAUCGUGGCCAAAGGUCCGAAGAGUAUCAGAGGGUAUUUCGAAGACCUGUAUGCUGAGCCCUGCUGGAUCAAGCGCAGCAGCGUCAAGGUUGUCCUUGUCGGACAGGAAGGCGCAGGGAAAACCAGCUUGCGCCAAAGCAUGAAGGCCAACAAAGCAACUCCCACGGGCGAGUGGAAGGAGGAGAGCACGGUGUUUGCGGACGUGGAACCCAUGGAGCUAGAAGGCUCAUCCGUUCGGGUGUACGACUGCGCUGGACAGGUUGCCUACACCGGGCUGCUGCAGAUGUUCUUGACGCCACGGUCGGUGUGCGUGCUUGUGUGCAACGCGGGGGAGUUCGGACAGCAGCUAGGUAGCGACAACGUUGACCAGGUUGAGGAAGACUGCCGCAAGCUGCAAGCAUUGCGCGUAUGCGAUUGGCUGCGGUCGAUAUCUCGUCGCGUUCCCGGCAACGACGUCAUUCUCGUCGCUACCAAGUGUGACUUGGUGAGCGGGAACGCUGAGGAAACUGGCCGACGACUGGAGCAUGCCUGUCGGAUGUGGCUUUCGACCUGGGUUCGCAAUGGUAUGGACCCCGUCCGGCUGGAGCCCCACGUUUCCCUCACGAGUUGCUUCCCGAUAGGAGAUGGUGAGCAUGGCGAGAGCAACACUGGGAGUGAUGCGUCGAAGCAGGGUUGGGCGUGCGACUGGCGACACGUGGAAGGCGAUAAAUCCUCGCCCAGUUUGCUUUACCGGCUCGUCAACAAGCCUGACGAAGGUGGGCUCCGAGGCGUCCAGAUGGUGCUUCCUCGCAGCUGGGAUAUCGCCCUCACUGUUCUGGAAGCUCUCGAGCAUGGACGAGAUCCGGUGGAGAUGGUACUGCUCAAGUCCCCCGACAGCGAGAGACGUCCAACGGAAACAGGAGUAGGCAAGACAAACGUGUACCAGGCGAUCAAGGUUGAGGAACUCGGCACCAACUGGCGGGAAACAGUUGAUGAGCUUGGGAAGAGAGGGAUCGUGGUCACAAACGCCGAGAAUGCUUUGGAAGGAGCUCUAUCUAUCAGGGAGUUCGACGGAUCCCUCGUUCGCCACGAGAAAUUCGUUUUUCUGGACGUCGUUUGGCUGGCGAGAAUCCUCAAGCCCUUGCUCAAUCACAAGGAUCAACGGACCUUUGACGGCCGUGUGAAUCUUGGGGACACGGGUGACGCACGUAUCACACUCGACGAUUCAUCAGACAUCGCUUCGUGGGGCAGGCUCAAGAACGAGGGCGUGCUUGAACCAAGAUUAGCGUAUGCGAUGUGGCCGGAUGGUCUAUCCGAGUAUGUCCUUCCCACUCUUGCAUCCUUGGGUCUCACUUUCCCACUCGAAGGCGAUCCUGAUAACGGCCUGGUCGUUCUGCUUAGGCUAGAGCCAAACCGCCCCGCGAGUGUGGGCGAAGCAAUAGACACAUUCUGCUCGAAGUACACGCCGGCAUUCAGCGCCAGUUGGGAGAUUUUCCUCGGUGUACCGCCUGGUGCGAUUGAAAAGGUGCUGACACGGUGCUGCGGUCUUGGUGACGUGCAAACUUUCUGGCGAUAUGGGGUGCUGGUGCAUGGUGGCCUCGGCGACCUAGAUGGGCGCGGGAUAUUCGCUGUGGUUACGGAGUACUCAUCCACGAACAAUGAGCUUACUGCUCAGAUUUUCGGCGAUAUCAGCACUUCAGCUCCGUGGGUGGCGUUGUCAUACGUCACGUCUGCCGUGAGCUUGAUGCUGAUGGAUUUUCCAGGACUACGCUGGAACGGCUCUCUGAAGUGUCCUCAGCAUGGCUACGAGAUGCCCUUCGCCACCAAGGUGAAUUGUGCUGGAGACAAGUUUCUGGAACGCAGAUGCCCACGUUGCAGUCCUCAAACCAGGGGCCUCGGGGCCGCGGCCAUCGAUCUCAUCCGCAUGGUGGAUAUCCGACUGGACCGAGGCGUGAUUGACCGCGAGGUGAAGGCCAGGUUUGACGUCCUGGAGAGUCAGUACUUCACCUGCCCGGCGGGCAGCUCCACGGAUGAGGACGAGUUUGUUCGAAAGAUGGACGAAGUGAAGGCUGAGCUGAAGGACACCAAGACUGAGUUGCGUGACGUGAAGGACAGGUUGGGCAUGAUAGCGGGAAGGCUGGACAAGGUGCUAGAGAGCACCCAGGAAAGCCUUGCGCGCCUCAAGAACUUGCAGGCCCCGAACUACCAUUACCCUCGCCUUGUGGUCGUCAAGGAGGUUGGAUCUCAUGGCACUUCGUCGAAGGCUCAUGGAAAGAAGAGUAUGCUGAGCAAGCUUCGUGGCUUGGGAAAGAAGGACAUGAGAUUGCACUUCUUGUGCCCGGUCGACAUGACUACGGUGCCGUGCGGCUAUGGUGGUGAGGGCUAUCAGUUCCAAGAGACGCGUGCCUGGGUGAAGAGAGUAUCGCCUGCCCUUCAGGUGACCGUGGUGACCGCGAAGGUGGCGCUAAACGCAGUGACGGGGCUGAACGUGGAUAUCUCGGAUUUCCUGAAGGACGUGAAAGAUGGACUGGUCGAGGAGCUAGUCGACCGCACUCUUGACGAGGACGCGCUACUCCGUGCUGUUUCGGGUGACGACACCGUCGGCGCGGACUUACAAAGAGAUACGAGGGCCUCGUACGAAGCACUGAAGGUUUUCAUGGAAAACGAGGAACGCAGGAGGCGGAAGAACGCCAGAGAUGGUGAUGGCUACAUAGAGUUCAGGGAAGAGAUGAAGCGUUUACCCGACGGGAGAGGAGGGGAGGUGUGGGUUCGGAACGAGAACGUUCGAAAGUGGCUAGCCUCAAAUUCGAGCCCUGCACCAUCGCGCUAG